UCGACCCAACUAGUCUCGGUUGGAAAGCAAAGCAGACGCUGCGGCAGUGACGGCAGCGUGCGCAGUUUCUCUGCGGGUAUACUGUACGCUGUACGCGCGAUUUUUCCAAGCAUGCCUGCAAACUGUGUUGCUUUCGGGUGCACACAAUACUAUUACGGAAAGGGAAACUCUAGCUUCUUCCGUUUUCCAUCGGCGAAAGUGAGUGCGAAUAGAAGGGCUCUGUGGAUAUCCGCAGUAAAACGUGCCAACCCGGACGGCUCGUUGUGGCAGCCGACAGAGCAUUCCCGAAUCUGCGGGGCUCACUUUAUUACAGGCCGGCCUUCGAAGUUUGUGAACCACCCGGACUAUGUACCGACAGUGUUCACGUACAGCAAGACUCCGGGCGAGGCUGCUGUACGGCGGCACAGUCGUCGCGUGAAGAGACAAAAAGACUGCGAACGAGCUGCCAACACGGGUUCCCACAAGGAAAACAGCCUGAUUAGUGAAUCUACAGACAGUCCAGUCAGUCAAGAGCAGCAUGUUGACGCAGGAAUGGAAUGUCCAGAGCAUGAUGCUACACCUCCAGGAGCAUUACUGCCAGUCCAACCACCAGGGAAUGGUGAGUCGGAAACUUCUGUGAUCUGUCGUCACGUUCUCAGUGUUCUCAAACAGUUCAGAAGUGAAAACACAAAGAACAAAAAUGUUAUAAAAUAUAUGUAGC